CAGCUGGCCGCCUCUCCCUGGUUUCCCUGGGAGAGAUGUGGAAUUCUGGCCUAAGCAGCUCCAGGCAGGAGAGAGAGCAGGUCCGUUCCCCUCCCUCUCCCUGGAUCACAUGCGCCCUUUGCUAACCUCCAAGGGCUACUUGGUGAAACUGGCUCCCAAGGAGAUAAGUAGGACUCGGGUGAGGUUCGGGCAUCACUGCUAUGGGGGCUUUCUCUGCUUCCUGUGGAAAGAAAGGCUCUCAUAGGCAAAGGCUCACUCUGUGUAGCAGCCCUGAAAAGAGGGUGGCCUGUGUAAUUCCCCAUCCCUUCCGCACAUUGUCCUUGCUCUCAUGUGGACCGGAGCCAAGAGUUCCUCCCACCCUUCUCUUCUCAGAAGCCAAGCCCCUUUUCAGUCUGUAUAAAGUCCACACUCCCAGGAUCGGGUGUUGCAGACACUGCCUUCCACGCUCUCUCUCAGAGACCGAGCUAGAGACCCAGGAGUGUGAGGCGACCAUGGUUCUGAAGUUCCUGUUCCUGUUCCUGUUCCUGUCCUUACUGCUGGUGCUGGGGUGGGUCCAGCCUUCCCUGGGCAGGGAAUCGCCCUCCAAGAAGUUCCAGCGGCAGCACAUGGACAGCGGCAACUCCCCUGGCAACAACACCAACUACUGCAACCAAAUGAUGAAGCGUCGGAAGAUGACACGUGGAUGGUGCAAGCCGGUGAACACCUUUGUGCAUGAGUCCCUGGAAGAUGUCAAGGCCAUCUGCUCCGAGAAAAACAUCACCUGCAAAAAUGGGCAGUACAAUUGCCACCAGAGCAACUCCACCGUGAACAUCACGGACUGCCGCCAGACAGGCAGCUCCAGGUACCCCAACUGUGUAUACAAGACUACCAAGCUGCAGAAGCGCAUCAUUGUGGCCUGUGAGGGGAACGUGUCCAUGCCAGUGCACUUGGAUGCUUCUGUGUAGAUGCCCACCUGAGGCCUGAGCAGCGACAUACCCCACCUCAUCACCAAGGCAUCUUUCUCUCUCCUCUUGCUUACUUGCCCUGAGGGCAAUUAUCCAGCAUGCACACAUGCUUCCCUGGCCUGAGGCUUGCUCAUGCGUGGUUUAGGGGGCGAGGAGUGGCUUCUGAGUUGGGGCCCAUGUUAACCACUUCACUGCUUCUUUCAAUAAAACACAGCUGCAAUCACCUGAA